AUGGAAGAUAAACCUGCAAAAGCGCAUCAACAAGCCCAUGCGGGUAGAAAAGCCGAAAAGAAGGCUAAGAAAUUAGAAGGUCAGAAUGGCAGAGAGAAGCCAAUCAACCAUAAGGCUUUUAUUAGCACAAAUAUUAAUACGCAGAAUAGAACUAUUAUGAGAAAUGCUGAGAAGUCCCAAAGAAGACUGCAUGUUCCUAUGGUCAACAGAACACCAGGGAUUGAUCAAGCGCCACCAGUGUUAGUUGCAGUAGCAGGUCCACCGGGUGUUGGUAAAUCUACUCUCAUGAAAUCACUCAUCAGACGCUACUCUAAGCAUACAAUAAAUGAUAUUAAGGGUCCAGUCACUGUAGUAGCAGGUAAAACUCGUCGUAUCACUUUCGUCGAGUGUCCAAACGACAUUAGCUCAAUGAUUGAUAUUGCAAAAGUUGCAGAUUUGGUUUUGAUGAUGAUAGAUUGUACGACUGGUUUUGAGAUGGAAAGUAUGGAAAUGCUUUCAGUCAUGCGUACACAUGGUUUUCCAAAAGUUAUGGGUAUCCUAUCACAUGUCGAUCUCAUAAAGAAGCAAGCACAUUUAAGAGCACAAAAGAAGAGACUGAAACAUCGCUUUUGGACUGAGGUUUACGCAGGUGCUCGUUUAUUUCAAUUAUCAGGUGUUAUCAAUGGUAGAUAUCCUAAUAAUGAAGUUUUGAAUCUCACUAGAUUCAUAAACGUGAUGAAAUUCCGUCCACUUGUCUGGCGUAACACUCACUCAUAUCUUAUGGCGGAUAGAUUGGAAGAUUUAACUGAGAGAGAAGCCAUAAGACAAAAUCCUACCAUGGAUAGAAAUGUUACUCUCUAUGGAUAUGUCAGAGGUGUUCCACUUAAGCAGCAGACAAUGAUACACAUACCUGGUGCAGGCGAUAUGAGCAUAAAGAAUUUACAAGCUUUAGAAGAUCCAUGUCCACCACCAACGAAAGAAAGUGAAAAGAAGAGAAGAUUGGCGGAUAAACAACGUUUAAUACACGCUCCAAUGUCAGAUUUAGGUGGUGUUCGUUACGACAAAGAUGCAAUUUGGGUUAGAAUUAAUGGUAAUUUUGACAAGAAUUCGUCAGAAGCCAAAGGCGAAGGUGAAAAGAUGGUUAUCGAUCUUCAAGAUGCGCCUUCAACUUUGGAAGAAUCUAUCAAAAAGUCACAGAUUCGCUUACUUGGUGGUUCAUCAAAAGCACUUCAAGCUGACAAGCAAGAGGAUUCAGAUGAUGAGCAUGGUGAAGAAAUUGACUCAAAUGCUGAAGAAGAGGAUGAAAUGUCUGACAUGGAAGAUGAUGAUGAGCAAGUGGAUGAUAAAGGUCGUACAAAUAUGCGUAAAGGUCGCUUCUACGAGGGUGGUGGGGACGAUAACAUUCAAGAGGAUAUUUCAUUCGACGAUAGUGACUCUGAGGUUGACUUAGCAGAUGAAACUGGUCAUUUCGAACAAGAUGAUGCCGGUCAGCUCAAUCUUGAAGAGGAUGAAGAGGAUGAUGGUGAAGAUGUACCUAGAUGGAAACAAAAAAUGGGUGAACAUGUCUCACUCGUGGCUAAACAAUCCAAAGAGAGAACAGACCUUAUGACAUUAAUCUACAAGUCUGAUCUUACACCUGAGCAGAUUGUUUACGGCGAUGACACAGUUGAGGACGCCGAAGAAGAACAAGACGAUGAUGAUUUCUUCACUGUAAAGAAAGCUCCAAAGAAGAACCCAUUCGAUGGCCAAGCUGAUCUGAAUCACGAACCAAUUAGUCAAGAUGUCGUAAAUAGAUGGAAUGACGAUGAUAUGCUUGACUCAAUUCGUGGAUUGUUCAUCACCGGUUCGGAAGAGGAUAACGCUCAAGAAAACAACUCAGACAACGACGAAGGCUUUGAAGAUCUCGAGGAUGAGCAGAAUGAAGAAGAGGAAGAAAAAGAUGAUUCACCUGAAUCACGUGAAGAAAAACGCUUGAAAGCCAUUGCUGAGAAGAAAGAAAAGCUCAAGAAGAAGUUCGAUGAGCAAUAUGAUGACGAUGAAGACGGUGAAAAAAUGGAUUUCUAUGACGAGCGCAAGCAAGAAAUGCAACAACAACUUGAGAAGAAUGCUGAAGAAUUUGAAAAUGACGAUCCGGAAGUUCGCCAACAAGUUGAAGGAUUCAGAUCAGGUACUUACGUACGUAUUGAACUUGACAGUGUACCAUGUGAAAUGGUUGACAAGUUCAAUCCAUCUAUACCAAUCAUUGUCGGUGGUUUGCUACCAAUUGAAAUGCAAUUCGGUUACGCACAAUCUAGAUUAAUCAAACACAGGUGGCACGGAAAGAUCUUGAAGACUAAUGACCCACUUAUUUUAUCACUUGGUUGGAGAAGAUUCCAAUCAAUACCUUUAUACUCACUUGAGGAUAGAUCUAUUCGUAACAGAAUGUUAAAAUACACACCUGAACAUGCUCACUGUUUGGCUUCAUUCUACGGUCCAUUGGCAACUCCAAACACAGCAUUUUGUGCAUUCAACACACUUUCUAAUGAAACACCUGCCUUUAGAGUUAGCGCCACUGGUAUUAUCUUGGAUAGUGAUAAGACAACAGAAAUUGUCAAGAAAUUGAAAUUAACUGGUACUGCUAUGAAGGUGCAUCACAACACUGCAUUCAUCAAAGAUAUGUUCAACUCUUCAUUGGAAGUUGCAAGAUUUGAAGGAGCUCAAAUCCGUACAGUUUCUGGUAUAAGAGGUCAAAUUAAGAAAGCGAUUCAUAAACCAGAAGGUGCAUUUAGAGCUACAUUUGAGGAUAAAAUUAAGAUGUCCGAUAUUAUCUUCUUACGCGCUUGGUAUGGUAUUCAACCACGGAAGUUUUACAACCCAGUCACUAGUUUAAUCGAUGAUGAUUGGCAAGGUAUGAAGUUGACCGGUGCUAUUAGAAAGGAAAGACAAAUAAAGACACCAUUGGAUAUUAAUUCAGCUUAUAGACCUGUUGUUCGUCAUAACAAGAAAUUCAAUCCAUUAAAAAUACCUAAGCACUUGCAAGCUGAAUUACCUUACGCAUCUAAGCCAAAAUUAACUAAACCUCAAAAGAAUGAAACAUAUAUGCAAAAGAGAGCAGUAGUUAUGGAACCUGAACAAAAGAAGGCAAUUGCAAUUAUACAACAAAUGAGAGCAAUUGACAAAGAUAAAGGUGCAAAGAGAGCAGCAAAGAAGGAUGAGAAGAGAGAAGAACGUCAAAAGAAUCUUGAAAAGGUUGAACAAAGACGUCAAGAACAUCGUAAAGAUGAACAUAAAGAAGCUAUGAAAAAGUUAGGUAUAAAACGUGCAAUUAGUGAAAAUAGCGGUGGAUCAAAGAAGAGACAACGCAAUUAGAUUUUUUUAUUUAAAAAAUUGUAAUUGACUUAUUUAUUUGUAAAAACAAUAAUUGAUAGAGAAAUAAACAAUGAGUAAUAAUUCUCCAAAAAAGUAAACGAGAAAAAAGAUUAUAUUCGUAUCUGUUUUGUGGUAUAAAAAAGCUUUUUGCAAAAUUCCAACAUUCAAUCAAAUCGUAAAAGCCAUAAAUUACUCAGCCCAUGGUGCUAUCCAUGAGAAACCUGCGAAUUCAGCUUGAUCAGAUUCUGUGAGUUGACCUUGAACAGGCGUGAGUGUUGGUUGUUCUCUGGUAAAUUCAGUAUCGAAAUUGCUGAUAUCAGUUGCAGAUCCAAUAGAUGGUCUGAAAGGUGGUGGAAUACGCUUGUUGAGAACGUCAUCAAAGUUGACAUCACGGAAGUAUGCAUGUGAUUUAAUCUCUUCAGCAUCUGAUUCACCAGCACCUAAUCUCUUGGUUGGGUCUCUAGUCAAUAAUCUUUGAAGUAAACUGACGCUAUCUCUUGGCAUAUGAAUUGGGUAAAGUGGUUCAUCUUCAAGGAUUGCAUCGAAGAUUUCAUCUUCAUCAUCACCUCUAAAUGGUGAUUGUCCUAAUAACAUUUCAUAAAUCAAGACACCAAAUGCCCACCAAUCAACUGCUCUACCAUAUCUUUGUUCUAAUAAUAUCUCUGGAGCCAUAAAUUCUGGUGUACCGCAGAACGUUGAAGUUGUAUUUCCGAAGAACAUAUUUUCUUUACAUAAACCAUAAUCAGCAACUUUAACGUGACCAUCAAGUGUGAGAAGAAUGUUAUCCAACUUCAAAUCUCUGUAAACUAUACCCUCUUGAUGGAAAUAUUCUAAUGCUAAUAAAACUUCAGAUGCGUAGAAUUUUGCUUGUCUUGGUGUAAAUUGUUGUCUUUGAAUAUGUAACAUUAAAUCACCACCUGAAACGUAUUCCAUAACGAAGUAAAUUCUAGUUUCAGUUUGGAAACAACUAUGCAAUCCUAAUAAGAAUGGAUGUCUUUGCUUAGCUGCUGAUAAGAAAACUCUCUUUUCUGAUCUGGUUGAUUCAACUUCAUCAUUUUCAAUAAUGAAUUCUUUCUUUAAAACUUUAAUAGCAAAUAAUGAUGAACUACGCUUCUCUUCUGCAAGCAUAACUUUACCAAAGUUACCUUUACCAAUAACAGCGAUAAAGUUGAAGUUGUCUAAACCAACUUUACGUUGCACGGCAGGAGCUACUUGUGGAGCUUUAGGUGUAACUUGUUGUUGCUUUUGGAAUUGUGGUGGAGGUGCCCUAUAUGGUUGACCUGGGUGUUGUCUGCUAUAUGGCGUUGGUGAAGGUACUUGAGCUUGAGGUUGUUGUGAAGGUGGUGGGUAUGGUCUAGGAACCUCAACUCGUUGUGGCUUAGCUUGUGGUUGUUGUUGCUGUUGCCUUGAUGGUACUUGGGGUUGUGUAACUGGUAAUUGUGGUGAAGUGAUAUCCAUCUUUUGAGCACCUUUUUCAAUCUCUUCUGUUGUCUUUUCAGCAUCAUCAAUUUUUUCGAUUGAUGGUGUCUUUGAAGGUAUUGGUUGUGGUUUUUGAGUUGGUUGCUUCUUUGCCGCACCAAUUGCUUGCAUUUGACGUAACAAGCUAUUAGCAGUAACCAUGGACAUACCACAGAAAUCUGGUAAAAGAUGCGCACAUUCAGCGUGACACGUUACUGGACAAUCUGAACAUUUUCUUGCUUUCUUUGAUAAUGGGUUGAUAAUUUCACCACAGUGACAACACCAAUUAGGAGUCAAUGAACUGAUUGGUGCUAAUCUGUGUGGGAUUCUGUGCUUAACUUUAUCUUCAUCCUUUUCACCGGAAUCUUGUUUUGAAACACAUUUUGUGACGACUUUCUCAUAACAACUACGAUGACAGGUAUAACGACAAUCGUCACAUCUAUAAACUCUACCAUCAAGUACGAAAUCUUCACAAUAAGCGCAUUUAAUGACGUUGGUAAUAAAUUGUUUUUGUACGAAUGCAUGUCCGUUCAUUUCAUGUACUUGACCCUUACGUUUACGAACAGCACCUUGUCUACCCAAACCAUUGUUCUCUGCAGGACGUUUACGAACGUUUUGCUUAACAAAGUUGAGUUUGAGAGCGAUUGCGCCAGCUGGUUGAAUUGAGAACCAACCUUCAACACCAUCAUCAUCGAGUCUAGGUGAAGCUUUUGUAAUUGAUUGAGUAGGAUCAAACUGAGAUUUUGGUGAGAGGUCAUUAGGACCAUCAACAGAUGAUAAGCUAUCCAGUUGUUGACCAGGUCUAUCUACGCUGCCUUGUUGGUUCAUACGCUCAAGUAAAGCAGAUGCUUCAGCGUCAGCUUUCUUUCUACGAAGUUCUUCAACAAGAUCGGAUACUUUGAUCCACAUUAAACCGAUCGGUACACCUGAAUCACUUGCACCUGCUUGACGUUCGUGAAUUGCUAUUUCGACUUCAUUGAUCUUGUCAACAGGGACUUCAAAAGACUCGUUCCAUUGAUUAUGGCCAGUUGAUCUAGAAGCUCUAGUCUUUACAGGAGAGGUGUCUUCACCAACUUUGAUAAGAAUUAAAGUUUCAAGCGCAGGUUGACGAUGAUGACGUGAACUCUGAUUUGAGAUCAACUUAUGAUUCAAAUCACGGGCUGACUUGAUUUGAAUCUUGAGUGUACCUGAAAGUGGCUUGCGAAGACCAUCUACCUUUGCAGGUUCAUCAACUGCACCGGAAUCUUCGGAGACGGGCGCGACGUAUAAAUUUUGGUAACGACGGAGGGCCUGUCUGAGAAUAGCCAUCUUAGCGUCAGAUUCGAUUUUCUUAAGUUGUGUUUCUGAACGCGACCGUUUGUCGCCUUCUGCAGAGUAGAGUUGAGCCAUUUUCUCUAUGCCCGCUUUGUAAUGUUGUUCACGAGCGAGCUUGUAGUCUAAUUGGUGGAGCAUCAAGCUGACCUUUGCGGGUGUGUAUGGACAGUCCUCUUUCGUGAGUUCAAAGUUUGAAAUCUGGGUCUUACCGACACGCUUGGAAGACUCCCUUUCUAUGGGCUGGCUAGGAGGCUGAUCGCCGUCGCCUGGGACUUUUGGUAGUUCGCGUUCGAGCAGUCUCUUCCUGCGCUCUACCAAAUCCCUAAGGGUAUCCUCGAAGAAAGUGACGUUGCGCUGGGCUUCCCUGAUCUGUGUCUCCACGAGAGACCUCGCCAUAGCGUUACCCAUGUGAGCGUUUCUCAUCUUCUGGGCGCUAUCUAACAUCGUACGCUCAGUGGAGAGCUUAUAAUGGACGGAUUUAACCUUAUCAUCAAGUUCUUUGCG